GAGCCUGCUGCCGAGGUGAAAAGUGAGUCCGCUGCUGAAAAAUGUGAGUCAUCGACCGAGGUGGUGUGUGAGGCUGUGUGUGUGACGCCUGAGACCCUGGGUGAGCUACCCCCCCCCAACCCCCUCCAGGUUCCCCCACAGGAAGAAGAGCAGGCGGUGCAGGAGCCCGCCGCCGAUGAACCACAGGUGGCCGACGAGCCCACCGCCGAUGAACCACAGGUGGCCGACGAGCCCGCCGCCGAUGAACCACAGGUGGCCGACGAACCAGCUGCCGAGCCCGAGAAGCCCCUGCAGGAGGAGGAAGCUCAGGCGGAAGAGCCACUGCCAGUGGUCGAGGAGCCGCCUGCGGUCCAGGAGGAAGAGGCCCCUGUGGUUCAAGAAGAGCCGGUCCCCGCGGUUGAGGACGAGCCCCCGGCGGUGCAGAAGGAGGAGGAGGAGGCCCCUGUGGUCCAGGAGGAAGCGCCAGUCAUCCAGGAGGAGACCCCGGUGGCCCAGGAAGAGGGCGGCCACGUGGAGUCUCCCCCUGGAGACACCGACUGGUGGCUUGGCUCCGGGGCCGACGAGGCGGCGCCCGCCGGGGAUGGCGGCGAGGACGCUGGGCUGCAGCUAGGAAAGGAAGCAGAAGACGUGACCCCCAACACCACCACCGAACCCGACGCCGGCCAAGGGGGAACUGAGGAGACUGCUGACGCUGCUGCUGGCGCUACUGCUGACGAUGCAACCACCUUUGCUACCAGGUCCGACGAGCCUCUGGAGUAGAUGUUUUCUUUGGCAAAAAAUCAAAAAGUGUCGCCAUGACGAGCACUCCUCCGCUGUGUUAUAUCUUUUGUAAAAUGGCGAGUCUCUUUUUCUUCUUGUAAAGAUCUGGAACGCCCUUUGCUCUUGCACCAUCGAAAUCUCAAAGGGUCGUGAUAUACAAAUUAAUUUAGCAAUGUAACGGUACAGAGAACAGCAAUUAUAUUCUCUAUCAUGCUAUUUUUUCUGUUUUCGAAUUUCUUUUGAGAGGAAAUUUGGGUUUUGUACCUAAGACGGAUUAGCGUCACUAAAAUAUGCUUCAAUAAUGCAACUUGAGAAGUAACAACAACUCCACAUAAAAUAUUUUAGUAUCUCCUUUAAAAAGUACAGCGAGAAAAUUCUGUUACCUAUUUUCUUUGUCUGGGGGACUAUGGUAUAGUGUGACUCCCGGGUCGCUAUAGCAUUUCUCCUCCCAGCCAGUGUAGUAUUUACGUUAUUUAGUUUUGUAUUUCGUUAUUUUGAAGUGAUUUUUUUGAAUAUUGUGAAUGGAUCAAGAUUGGAUAUUGUAUCAAAGAUUAUACCAGGUUAUUUAUAACUUGAUUUGAUUGUGUUUAUUAUGUAAAUUAGCAGGCAGGAUCAGUAAACAAAAUUGUGCAAUUAGAUUAUGACGUACGAGACGGUUUAUGUUUCAGUGUAGCUUCUUCUGGCACUUUCUCACAGGGUUGUGUAUAAUGUCCGAUUCCUGAAUUCUUUACCAUAACCCAAGAAGAAGCAAGCUAAACUUGCUCGCGCUUCCACGCUGCUUGCACGCACCCCGCGCCAGACAUUGUGGAAGCGGCACUUGCGUGGUGGUUUAGAAUUCAGGACUAUGUAUGUGUUCCCUGUGUUGCAGUAUAACGUAAGUGAUGAGUGAUUUAUGUGUGCGCAGAUACGCAACACUAUCCCGGACCUUAAAGUUUGUAAAUAAGAAAGAGAGAGAUUACUGGCUCACUGACGAGGCCCACAUCCAGGGUCGGAUCCACGGAGGUGAUAGUGUUGCUGCUUGUGCAAAUGCGAGUUCGUUUUGUUUUGUUUAUUUUUUUCAUCAGAAAUGGGCUGGGAAUCAUAAUAAAUGUAGUCAACUCGCACGCAGGAACAGUCAGUCCAAAAUCAUUUUCAAAAAAAUGAUAUAUAAGUUUGCUAGUAAUCAGCUUAUUUGAAAUAUGUUGUGAUUAGUCUUUAAAAAAGAAAAACUUCAUCGUCGCGUUUCGAUGAUUUCAUUACUUUAUUAAUUUAUUUAUUUUGCGUCUGCGUCUACCUUCUUCCUGAUGAUUAUGUCUUGUUCACAAUAAAGAUGUUAACCACAGGGUA